CCCGUCCAACCCCCCACCGGCCCUCCACCAUCACCAGGACCUUGUCCUCUCUGCUCCUCAUCAAUCCUCACUCCCCUCUCAUCCUCCUCAAAAGGCUCCCCCAAAAAAGAGUCUUUUUUUGAGCGCCGAGAGUCAAGUAGGGAGUGGUUGCGCUUGGAGCCGAGUGACUCCGUGAGCGAGUGAGCACAGGAAUCGACUGAGCUCUCUGUGCCACUGCGCUGCGCCUGGGCGCGCGCGCCAUGGAGUCCUUCAGCUUCCUCAAGUACCUGCGCGGCGGCGUGGUCGCCGGCGCCCAGCGCGCGCCCGUGGCCGCCACGACCAUAGCCGCGUCGGCGUGCGAGGACGGCGGCGGCGGAGGUGGUGGCGCUUGCGGCGGCGGGGACGUCGAGGACGACGCGUCCUUCUUCGACCUGGAGUUCGCGGUCCCCGGCGACGAGAGCGCCGCGUCCGAUGCGGAGGAGGAGCGGGUGGAGUUCAACUUCGCCGUGGCCGGCGAGGACGUCGCCGCGUCCGGCGGGGGCGAGGUGGUGGCCGUCGACGCGGUGGCCGCGCCGGCCGGCGCGGAGACGGGCGAGGCAAAGGACGGCGCGGAGGCGGAGGAGGAGACAGCCGAGGAGGCUGCGCCAGCCCCGCCGCCGGCGUCUCUGCUCCGGCCGGCCACCAAGUUCCGCGUGCUGCUGCUGAAGCUGAGGAAGCCCAAGGUCGCCGUCCCGGCAGACGGCAACGUCAGCUCUCCGGCGCCGAAGCAGGCGAGCCGGUUCCUGAUAAAGUUCCGGGUGGACGACGCGCCCCUGGUGUCGCUGUUCACGGGCGACAACAGCUCGCGCACCUCGGACGCCGGCGCGGACCGGCCCGCGGCCGCGGCGGCGCAGGCGCCCGCGCAGCAUCCCCAGGACCAGGCGUCCGCGAUCACCGCCGAGGAGCGGCGGUUCGCCAAGGAGGUGGUCCUCAAGUACCUGAGCAAGAUCAAGCCGCUGUAUGUGAAGGUGUCCCGGCGCUACGGCGAGCGCCUCCGGUUCGGAGGCGCCAGCGAGGGCGAGGAGACGGACGCCGAGCCCGACCUCCCCGCCCCGUCCCCGUCCCCGACCGCGUCGUCCCAGCCCGCAGCGGCGCCGCAGCCGGUGGUGGUGGCCUGCGGCGUGCGCGCGCCCCGCGCGAGCGUGCCCGCCGGGCUGAAGCAGGUGUGCAAGCGCCUGGGGAAGAGCCGGUCGGCGUCGUCCGCCGUGGCCGCGGCGCCCUCCCCGCCUCCGCCGCCGCCUUCCCCAGGGGCCGGGGCGGCGGCCCCGCAGCGGCGGGACGACUCGCUGCUGCAGCUGCAGGACGGCAUCCAGAGCGCCAUCGCCCACUGCAAGCGCUCCUUCAACGCGUCCAAAGGGUCGGAGUCGCCGCUGCUGCGGACCAUGCCGGCGGCGGGCGAGGCGAGGGACGGCGGCCGGGCGGCCGACAGCAGCGACGGCGCGUGAUCCAGCGACACAGCGACUCUCGAGCAACGGUGACCGCCGAACUCUAGUAGUAGUAGUACUAGUAGAUGGUUUGUAGCGUCUGAUGGUUUGUAGUGCUUGGUGUGGCUUGUCCUGACGUGGCCGAAAGAUUUUGUCUUUAGGGCCGCGCCGAGCUCCUGCCUUCUUUGCAUGAUCCCGCCGUGUAGUUGGAUCAUUGGAUGGAUGAUACUGUCUGAAGUCUGGUGGUCAGCACUCAGCAGCAGUGGUAUGCAAUUCGUGUGUAAAAAAGAAUAAUGUGUAAUGGCCAUCGCCCAUGUGAAAAGGGAAGUCGCUUUCUGUUCUACUAGUAAAUUGCUUCUCCUUGAUGGAA